AUGUCAGUACGAUCAGUAUCUCUUUACCCGCCGCCCCCUCCGUCCAUCAGGGGCCAGGACAAGCCCUUCAACCCCCUUCCACAUCUCAUUCGAACACCCUCUGGCCUAGCCCUUCUCGAGCUCCAGGGAACCAUCAACCUUCCCGGAGAACAGCAGCCGCCGCAGCAAGACUGCCAGCCCCAAGAACAAGACCAUGUCCCUAUCGGAAGGAUUCACUUCCCAGAUUAUAACCCUAAUAACCCGUCAGAGGAAGGGCUGUGGAUGAAGCGUGUCUGGCUUUAUGUUGGAAAGCACCAGCGGCUGUUGGGCGAAGUGAAGAAGAUGCCGAGGGCGAUGGCUGUGGUGAGGAAACGGAAGAAAGAAGACGGGAACAUGGGACAGAAAGGAGAAGAAGAGGCUGAGGAACUGGAAGUGUUGGAGAUUGUUAAAUAUAAACUCGUGUUUUCGCAAAGGCCGGAGCCAGUUGGAUGA